GAUGACGACACGACUCCACCUCAUGAUGCCAUUUAGCAACAGAUGAGCAGCGGGACAUAGCUCCACGUUCAUCUGGGACUGCUGCUGCAAAAACACCACUUUGUCUUGGUUUAUCCGCUGGGGACUGUAAUGCUCGCGUUGACCGUUUUCCUUGCACCGUAGCCGGGCUGUGUGGCCGAGCAGUGUCCGCGUAUUGAGCGUGUGUUUGUGCCGCCCCUGACUUUCACUGGAGCGCUAUGGAUGUGCUAUGGAUGGUGUCCCUGCUGCUGAUCCCACUCCUGAUGUGGACCAGCAGCACCUUUGUUUUCUAUUUUAAAAAGUUCUUCUACGUGGCAUGGAUGAUGUGUUUGGCUCUUUUUGCUAUCCCCCUGUGCAUACUGAAAAGCGGAGGAAGAGACAUUGAAAAUAUGAGGAUCAUCCGCUUCCUGGUCCGACAUGUAAAAUACUUCCUGGGUUUGCGUUUUGAAGUGAGCGGCUGGGAACAUCUGCAGACAGAGGGACCCUAUGUCAUCAUCUCCAACCACCAAAGCUCUUUGGAUGUAUUGGGCCUGAUGGAGAUCUUACCUGACCGCUGCACCAUGAUUGCUAAGAAGGAACUCACCUAUGCUGGAACAGUUGGGCUGAUCUGUUGGCUUGGCGGUAUCGUCUUCAUCAACCGCAAAAAGACGAGUGAUGCCAAAAGUGUCAUGUCAGAUGCAGCCAAGACUAUGUUGGAAGAUCAGAUUCGUCUUUGGGUGUUUCCAGAAGGUACAAGGAACCAGAAUGGAGAUCUUUUGCUAUUCAAAAAGGGAGCCUUUCACCUAGCAGUGCAGGCACAGGUACCUCUUAUACCCGUCGUGUUCUCGUCCUACAGAAACUUUUAUCUACGGAAAGAGAAGCAGUUUAAAUCAGGAACCAUCCGAUUGAAGAUUCUUCCCAAGAUUGAGACAAAGGGCCUGACAUCAGACGACGUGUCAGACCUGUGUGACAAAUCCUUCAAUGUGAUGCGCUCUGCUUUUCUGGAAAUCUCUCCCUCCGUAUCACAGAGCAACGGGCCUAUGAGCCACUGAACAUUCUCAUCAUCCCCUCCUCCUUCUGGUGUACUCGCCUUUAUCCCACUGACACCCCUGCAGCCCCAGGUUGUCUUCAUACUUGGACAAACAUGAUGGAGAGUUCCUGUCAUGAGUCCAGCAGACACCUGGCCCAGUGCACCACAGCACAGUUGGUCCUGACCCCCAGCAGCAUUGCCCUGUGCGCUGUGAGGAGUGACGGACAGCAAGCCGAACCAUGCGGAUAUGUGUUCAUCAUUAGGCAUGCCUUUUGGAUGGCUUCAUCCACCCUUCAUCUUUGCUUUACUGUCUUACAUUGACUCUUUCUGGGCCUUGUCUAUAAUGCCUCUUUGUCUUCUGUUUUACAAUUUUUGAUGAGUGUUUAUGUUCUUCUCAUGCUGACUAAUUUACAUUUUAUUUGGAUGCUGAUAUGCACAAAUUUACAUAAUAUCACAUCGCCUUACUUCACUGUUAUUUUUAUGGACUGCUGGUCCUAUUUGCAUUUCCUCAAUCAGCCAAGUGUUGAUUUAUUGGCCAAUGCCUCCAUUUUUGCUUUGCUUGUUACCUUUGACAGAUAGUUGGGAAGAGAAUUAUGAAAUUGUCAGACAGAAAUUUCAGGAAGAUCGUGGCCUCCAUCUGUACUGGUUUGAACAUUUCAGUGAUGUGUAUUAUUGGUGUAUUUGCGCAUUCACUCAUAUUGUCAUAUCUAAAGCUCACAAAUAACCUUCCUUGUAGUUAUGUGAAACAGCUCUGUAUUAUGUAUAUUUGUUAUAUUUAUUUUUUUAUCUCUUUUUUUUAUGAAAUAUUGUCAGAAAUUCCAAAUGAAUCUACUCCAGAAGUGUCAAAAAGGAAGUGCAAUGUCUUUGUUUUAACAGUACUUUUCCAAAGUGCAAGUUUUCUGCUGUGCCAUGAUAGUGUUUGGGGGACAUAAAGCUUACAAACGUAACUCAUUAAAAUCUUCCUAUGAAUUGCUUUGUCGUUCUACUGACUGAUAUGUAAUUUACUACUUCAGGUAGAUCUCUGCUUUAGGAGGGUUACCUGUGUACAUGUCCACAAUGAUUUCUCUUUUUCAGUUAUUAUUAAAUAGAUAAACUAACUGCAAAGAACUAAUAAUACUGUAUUUUACUGAAAUGUGAAUUGUCUAAAGUAUAGGAACGAAUUGGUGUGAAAAUUUUGGCCUUAAGACUGAUUGGUUUUUGUAGCACUUUGUAGCGUUUUCUGUUCUUUUGUUAAUUUGCAUUAUCUACAGACAAAUUGUGUCAAACUGAUUGAACUAACUGAUUCUCUUACGGGUCAUGUUUUAUUUGACUGCCUUCAUUUGUUCUAUAUUGUCACUGGCCUCGCUGUUUUUCCCAGAAUCCAUACAAGAAUGUAAUAUAUUUGUGAUAUUGCUGUACUCUAGAACUCUAGUGUACUCUAGAAACUUGUAUUUUGGCAUUAGAUUGUUAAAUGGAAUUCAUUAACAUUACAGAUAAACAUCAUCUCUUGUUGCCCAUGUUUGCGAUAGUUACGAUUAACCAUAUAAACAUUCACCUUAAAACUAUCAACGCAAAUGACGUAUUUACAUGGUCCUAAUAUAUCUACUGCAUAGUUCAACAGUGUGACAGCAGCGAGAGUCUAUAUCCCUUUGCUUUACUCUUAGGCCAGUAAUUAUAAAAGAAGCAUUUCAUACAUUUUAUUUAUAUUUAUUUAGAUUUUGUCUGGUUAUUUUUGCCAUUACAGUAAAGUGUGAAUGUGAACGGACUACCAAAUGCAGUCUUGGUAAAUUAAAAAUCUAACCAUAAAUUUGUUUUUUUGAUUGAGUGUAUAUUGCUUUAUUUUCUUAUCUUUCUACGUUGAUUUGUAAUAAAAGUGUGUGAUUAUUUGUACAUUGUUCAUAGCUCAAACGGGUGGCUCCUGCUUUGUUGGUCCUGCUGGUUUGGGCUCUUUGUUUAUAAAAUAAAACACACAGUGAUGGUUUUAAAUUAUUCUGAAGUUUAAUAAAGAACUUUCUCUGCUCAGCGAGGGUGGAAAGUGUUCACCAAAGCUAUAAAAGACUAACAGGUGAUAGCUUUACAGGAAUAUUAAAAACAGAGCGGACAUCCUGCUGAGCCCUGUAUGUGUGUGGUCCCAUAGGUGCACACAUGGUCUGUGCCCAUUGCGUAUAUAGUAUCUGAUUCAUAUUGACGUCUUAGGUUCACCUAUACUAGGUAAACAUGAAUGCCUUGCUAAGGAAUAUGUAACAAAAUGAAUUUCUAAAUAUGUACUGCUUUCUUUCAAGUUGUUAAUAAAGUACCUAUCUAUUA